AUGGUACCUAGGCAGAAGGUGCUGAAGAAUUUGAAUAACAGACGGACUCACCCGACGAGAUUGUUGUCAGGCAAUCAAUUUCUGAGAAUAUGGAAAACUACACUAGCUCUGAUGAGGUACGAUAUGCCGUUUGGGUCUUUCGUAGGUGUUAACCACCAUGGGAUGUCUACGCUUCUUGGGUGCGCAUUAUUGCGGAAUGAGGACACUCAUAUAUUUGCUGACCGACAUAUGUGGGUGCCAGUAUUUUUCAAGGACGAAUUCUGGGCUGGCAUGAGGAGCACACAGCGUAGUGAGAGCAUGCAUUCAGUUUUCGAUAAGUACUUAAACAACAAGGAACAAAAGGAGCUUGAGUGUGACGAUGCUGCUGAUUUAAAGGGGAUUAUCCCUUGUGUUUCCAGCUCACUAAUAGAGAAGCAGUUCCAGAAAGAAUAUACAAAUUCCAUGUUUCGAGACGUUCAGGAUCAAUUUAUAAAAAAGGCCGAUUGUGACAUCUCCUCAAUCAACCAUCAUGGCACAAGUAUAGUUUGUGAAGUUGACCAACAAAAGAUGGUGUUUGACAUGUUAGUGUAUAGCAGAUACCAAGUCGUGUAUUACUCGCAGUUAUCAGAAGUUCAAUGUGAUUGCUUUAUGUUCCAAUCGAAUGGUAUUCUAUGCUGCCACAGUCUUGCUGUUCUUCUAUAUUUUCGUGUAACAGCAGUGUCCUCACAAUACAUUCUAUCCCAAUGGAGUAAGAAUAUUAGUCAGAGACACACAUACAUCAGGAGUAGCAUUGACAUAGACCAUUCUGAUGAAAGCAUGACCAUUUUUAGGAAAUUGUGUUAUGAUUUUUACAACGUUGCUCAGGAAUUUGUGGCUACUCUAGAGGUUGCUGCUAUAUUGCGUGAUGCCAUGGACAGUGCUUGGCACAAGCUCAAAGAACACAAGGAAUCCGAGCAUCAAGCUACACAUGUACCAACUGCAAUUAACUCACAUACACAUGAUGAGUGUCCCGUUAGCAUGGAUGAGCUAUAG